ACUGGAGAAAGGUACGGAAAGCCGAGCGCACACUGCCCACCCGAAGCCAUCAGGAGCCGUAACAACCCGAACCGACCCGAACACAUCCGAUUUGACCCGAGACCGACCGAAGAGUGACGCUUGCAUCAAAGAUGAGCGACGGGUUCGAGUGUGAGAACUGUAAGGAGUCGCUGUAUGGGAGAAAGUACAUCAAGGUGGACGAGGUCCCUCACUGCGUCCCCUGCUACGAUCGCCUCUUCGCAAACAUCUGCCAGGGCUGCAAGGAGCUCAUUGGACACAAUUCUCAGGAGUUGUACUAUGAUGACCAUCACUACCACGAGGAGUGUUUCCGCUGCUCUCACUGCAGUCGCUCUCUGGCUAAUGAAACGUUCACCUGCCAGGAUGAAGCUCUGCUGUGCCAGGACUGCUUCUCCACCCAGUUCUCCGCCACGUGUGUGUCCUGCAACAAGACCUUCAUGCCAGGUUCCAGGAAGUUGGACUAUAAUGGCUCUACCUGGCAUGAGGAGUGUUUUGUGUGUUGCGUGUGUAAGCAGUCUCUGGGUUCUCAAGCGUUUAUUCCUGAUAAGGACGAAUAUUACUGUGUCACCUGCUACGAGAAUCGAUUCGCUCCUCGCUGCAGCCACUGCAAACAGAUCCUGCUGCAGGGGGGCGUGAUGUACCAGGACGAGCCCUGGCACAGGGAGUGCUUCCUGUGUACGGGAUGUAAGACACAGCUGGCCGGUCAGCCCUUCACCUCUCAGGGAGACAAACCCUACUGCGUCAAGUGUUUCAGCAACCUUUACGCCCAGAAAUGUGCUGCCUGCAACAAGCCCAUCACAGGUUUCGGUGAUGGGAAGUACGUCUCCUUUGAGGAGCGUCAGUGGCAUCAGUCGUGCUUUAAGUGCUCUGGAUGCUCAGCCUCUCUGGUCGGGGUCGGCUUUUUCCCAGACGGCGCACAGAUCCAUUGCAAAGACUGCAACAAGUAAAAGACUGAAAGGAUCGGAUGAGGAAGAGUGAUGACUCGUCCAGGCGGAGAAUGAAAUUUCUGUUACGUUUAAUCUGCUUUCGCAUGAUAUUGUGUGUGUGUGUGGGUGUGUGUGUGGGUGGGUGUGUGUGUGUGUGUGUGUGUGUGUGUGUUUUUGACUGAUUUUUUUGGAGUGUUUAUACCGAGCAUAAUUAUAAAUGUGUGUCAUCAUCAUCCUCCCACCCAGUAUCACAGAUCUAAAAAGAUGCAAGUUUUUCACUUUUGGCUGCUCCUGUAUUUAGGGGUCGCGAGAGUGAAUCAGUCUGGUCCACAUACAAGACUUUUUACAUGUUUUUACACUAGGCACCCUUCCUGACGUGACCCUCCUUAUUGUAUCCAGUUGUCAUCAGAAUUUUUUUUAUGUUUGCAUUGGAGCACAUAAGAUUUAUUCUCAUUUAUUCUCAUAAUGUCGCACAGACACUUUGCAUUUGUUACUGUGUUAUAUCACAUGCAGUUCAAUAAAUAUAGUCAACAAGUA